UGUGUUUUGAUUGAAAUGGUAUUGUUCCACUUUCUUCUAGUGAAGCGCGAUGUCCAGGAAAAUGAUGAGGAGGCAGUGCAAGUUAAAGAGCAGAGCAUCCUGGAACUGGGGGCACUUCUUGCUAAGACUGGACAGGCGGAAGAACUUGGAGGACUUCUGAAGUAUGUUCGACCGUUCCUGAAUUCCAUCAGCAAAGCAAAGGCAGCCCGUUUAGUCCGAUCUCUCCUUGAUCUGUUCCUUGAUAUGGAGGCAGCUACAGGACAGGAGGUCGACCUGUGCUUAGAGUGUAUUGAAUGGGCCAAAUCAGAAAAGAGGACUUUCCUACGCCAGGCUCUAGAGGCAAGGCUGGUGUCUUUGUACUUCGAUACAAAGAGAUACCAAGAGGCAUUACAGCUAGGAUCUCAGCUCCUGCGGGAGUUGAAAAAGAUGGAUGACAAGGCUCUCUUGGUUGAAGUGCAGCUAUUAGAAAGCAAGACAUACCAUGCCCUGAGCAAUCUGCCAAAAGCAAGAGCAGCUUUAACCUCUGCACGAACUACGGCCAAUGCAAUCUACUGCCCACCCAAACUGCAGGCAGCACUGGACAUGCAGUCAGGUAUUAUCCACGCAGCAGAAGAAAAGGACUGGAAAACAGCCUAUUCUUAUUUUUAUGAGGCAUUUGAGGGAUAUGAUUCAAUUGACAGCCCAAAAGCCAUCACUGCACUGAAAUACAUGUUGCUGUGCAAAAUCAUGCUCAACACCCCAGAGGAUGUGCAGGCAUUAGUGAGUGGGAAGCUUGCUCUGCGGUAUGCAGGAAGACAGACAGAAGCUCUAAAGUGUGUGGCGCAGGCCAGUAAGAAUCGAUCGCUGGCAGACUUCGAAAAGGCUCUGACAGAUUAUAAAGUGGAGCUCAGGGACGACCCCAUCAUCAACACUCAUUUGGCUAAACUCUAUGAUAACUUAUUGGAACAAAAUCUGAUCCGAGUCAUUGAACCAUUUUCUAGAGUACAGAUGGAACACAUAUCCAGCCUCAUCAAGCUCUCAAAGGCUGAUGUGGAAAGGAAACUGUCACAAAUGAUCCUGGACAAGAAAUUUCAUGGAAUCCUUGACCAAGGGGAGGGAGUCCUGAUUAUCUUUGAUGAGCCGCCAGUAGACAAAACGUACGAAGCUGCUCUUGAGACUAUUCAGAAUAUGAGUAAAGUAGUGGAUUCACUCUACAACAAAGCCAAGAAGCUAACAUAGAGUUGACUUUGGUAGCUGUCAUUUGGAGAGUGUGUGUGACAGGAGAGUGAAACCUUUGGGAAAAUGCUAGGAGACUUUUUUCUUUGUUCUACUUUUCGCUCGGAAAGUUUUUAAACGUCCUCAUCCGGUGCAUCUUGUAUUCCAAACGAUGCGUGUUCCAGUUUCCAUGUAACAUUUACUGGCCAAACUUUGUAUCGGGGGGGAAAUAUUGUUUAAAAAAGAGGGAUUCUAAAUAAAAGGAAAAAGGCUUACACUACCUAAACAUGUGCUUUCCACUUCCUGAGGGAUGGCAGAGAGAGUACAGCAAUGGCAAGGUUUUAUCCUCAAUAGCUACCCGGCUGCCAAGGAAACAGUUCCAUUUCUUCCCUCUACUCUGGAAUCGGAGACUUACUGACAGUGUAUAAGAAGCCACGUUUUAUUCCAUUUGUACUGAACCAAAAAACCCUUACGUACAGACUGCUGGUUUAUUUUUAAAUCUUAACACCUUUAAUACGCCCCAAAGCAACUCCAUAUUGACUCCCAGAAGCCCACACAUAGGGAACCCACUUCAGAAUUGCCACUGAGCUCAAUCAGCUCAAAAGAUAGAAGUAACGGCUGCAACUGUCUAUAUCUAGGCCUGCUUCUAACAAA